CUAAACCACCUAAUCAAAUUGGAAAAAAAACUAACCGUAAAUACAACCCUACGCGAACGCUACACGACAGAGUGAAUAGACAGCCUCCGUUUCGGUUAUAAGGAGAGAGCAACAUCUCGUCGUCGCAGCCGACACUGUCACUGUCACCGCCGCCUAUUGAUCGGAAAUCUGACGUCAUGUCCUUCAAUACCCACUGCUGUAGCUCCGCCGGCCCUUUCCAGUGCUUCCUGCAAGCUAUAUCCACCGCGAUUACCCCUACAAUUUCCACCAUUAUCACCAUCACGGUUCACUAAGAAAAAGUCGCAAUCUUUAAUCUAUACGUUUCAGCUCUUGAAAGUUUUGUUUGGUAUUCUGUGUUUCAGUAGAGGAGGAGAAAACAUAAGAUAUGGCUGCUUUGAGUAGCAGUAGUAUGUGCUUGAGGGAUUCUACUUGCCAACUUCCACGUUCUGUUUCCACCAAUUACUACAAGAGGAGGAGUGCAAAAUGGAGGUCUCCUCAAGCUGCUGUAAUACCCAAUUUGCAUCUUCCUAUGCGAAGUUUUGAAGUUAAAAACAGGACAUCACCAGAGGAUAUAAAAUCCCUUAGAUUGAUAAAAGCCAUCAAAACUCCAUAUUUACCCGAUGGUAGAUUUGAUCUUGAAGCAUAUGAUGUCUUGGUCAACAUGCAAAUUGUUAAUGGUGCUGAAGGUGUGAUUGUUGGUGGCACAACUGGUGAAGGUCAGUUGAUGAGCUGGGAUGAACAUAUAAUGCUUAUUGGCCACACAGUUAACUGUUUUGGUGGUUCAAUCAAGGUAAUUGGAAACACUGGAAGCAACUCUACAAGGGAAGCAAUUCAUGCCACAGAGCAAGGCUUUGCUGUUGGUAUGCAUGCUGCUCUUCAUAUCAAUCCGUACUAUGGCAAAACCUCUGUGGAGGGUUUGAUUUCUCACUUUGAUACUGUGCUACCCAUGGGUCCUGCUAUUAUUUAUAAUGUGCCUUCACGAACUGGUCAAGAUAUUCCCCCGCGUGUGAUACACACUGUAGCACAGAGUCCUAACUUGGCAGGUGUUAAGGAAUGUGUAGGUAAUGAUCGGGUGGAACAGUACACAGAGAAAGGAAUUGUGGUGUGGAGUGGGAAUGAUGAUCAAUGCCAUGAUGCUAGGUGGAACCAUGGGGCAACAGGAGUGAUUUCUGUAACUAGUAACUUAGUCCCAGGCUUAAUGCAGAAACUUAUGUUUGAGGGGAAGGACCCUGCACUGAAUUCAAAACUAUUGCCUCUCAUAGAUUGGCUUUUCAAGGAGCCAAACCCCAUUGCACUGAACACUGCUCUUGUACAACUUGGAGUUGUGAGACCAGUUUUCAGGCUCCCAUAUGUACCUCUUCCUCUGCCAAAGAGGGUAGAAUUUGUGAAUUUGGUCAAGUCAAUUGGGCGGGAGAAUUUUGUAGGAGAAAAAGAUGUUCAGGUACUUGACGAUGAUGACUUCAUAUUGGUAGGUCGGUAUUAGUCACUUUUUGUGGUCCAAGAUAUUUAGCAGGGGUUUUCAAUGACUAGUCUGUUUUUUCAUUUUCAGUUACAGUUUACAAAUAAGGCUCUUUUUUUCCCUCUUCA